GAUACACGUGGUAUACGAAGCAAACACCUAUAUAUACUUCAACUCAUUCACCUCUUCGCUUUGCGUCCUAUACAUACACUGCUAUCUGUAUCUAUAUAUGCAUAAUCAUCAUCUAUAAUUCUAUAUGGCUCCCUCUACGAACAAACCAGACGAAGAAGCUAGACACUCCAAGAUGAACAAACCGAUAUCUCCGGAGAACGGCGAUGAUGUCGCCGAAAAAGUCGGAGCGAAGAGGCAGCGCCGGCCGAGCGUCCGGUUGGGCGAGAUCGGAGGGUACGUGUCCUCCGAUUCGAACCGGAAAGUCGUGAAGAGCCAGGGGAAUGGGAAGCAGGUGGCGGUGAGCAAGAUUAAGGAGAGUAAUAAGAAUGUGGGUGCGAAAAAGUCGGGGGGUGAUGGGGUCGCGGAAAAGGUCGGGGGUGGGGAGAAAGAGGGGAAGAAGAGUUUUACGAAGAGGAUUAGGUCUAAUUUGGUGAGUGUGGAAGAUAAGGCGGGGGAUGAGUUUCGGGUUUCGGAUUCGGAGAGUCCAGUUGAUUCGGGGGAGAAUUUGGAGAUUGAGAAGCAGGGGAAAUCGGAUAGGGUUGAGAUUGGGAGGUUGAGUAAGAUUGCGGCUACGAAGAGAGUUAGGACUGAUAGGGUGAGUGUGGAGAAGUUUAGUGGUGGGAAGGAUGUGGAAUUUAGGGUUUCUGAUUCCGAGAGUUCGGAGAGGGAGGAGAGUCCGGUGAAUUUGGAAAUUGAGAAUGGUGAUCAGGUGGGGAAUGGCGGAAGAGGUGUGAGGAAAGGGGGGGACGGUCCGUUGGAGAAUGGUGAUGAGGAGAGGAAUGGGGUUAAGGGAUGGUUGAAUCAGUUGGGAUUAGGGAGGUAUGGGCCGGUUUUUGAUGUUCAUGAGGUGGAUGAGGAGGUUUUGCCGUUGUUGACAUUGGAGGAUUUGAAGGAUAUGGGGAUCAAUGCUGUUGGUUCGAGGCGGAAAAUCUUUGCCUAUAUUCAGAAGCUUAGGGAAUAGGGGAGCUUCUUUUGACUUCUUUAGUUGCUUUUCUUGAUAUAGAUGGUAGAGAGGGAGAGAAUGAGUCUUUAGUUGAAGAGAAGACAGAAUGUCUGAACAAGUUUUACUUUCUUGUUUGAAGUUCUAAACCUUUUGUUCUAUCUAGGAUUUUUGUGAACCUAAUUGUUUCUUCCCUAUAUUUCUUGUCUAUUAUAGAAUUUUGAUAGUUGUUCAUCA